AAACAAAUGAGCAAUUCAGCUCACUCAUAUUUCCGGAGUCAAAUGUUGAAGGGUUUGUACAGAAUUGAGUCUGAUCAGAAUGAUGCCUUUUCCAUAUUCUCCGACUUCACAAUCUCUUCAAUCUCCUUGGCUUGGCACUUCCUUUGUCUUCACCAACACCUCUGUAAGAAACCAGAACCACAACAAAUUUCAGCCAGUCAAGCUUCUUGUCUUUGCAACUGAGUCAUUUUAUAGUUUAUGCUCAAACUUUGAUAAGCAAAAUGGCUUUAGAAUCAAAGAAGAACAAGAAAGCUUGGACUUUAAAGAGAUUCCUCAUGGAUUGCAAGCGCAGAAGUUCAUGGAUGCAAUCAAAGAUAAAACUGAUAUCUUUAGUUGCAUCAAAAGAGACGGUAGAAACUGGACCAUAUCCGACUUUAAUGAUUUGCUUAUGGCUUUAGUGACAGCAAAUGAGCUAGAAAUUGCUUUGAAACUUUACUCUGAAAUACCAUCUUAUGGGUUGGCGCCAGAUUCUUGGACAUUUUCCAUCAUGCUGAGGUGUCAUUGCAAGAAAAACAAUCUGGUUGAAGCAGGACAGGUUCUAAACUACAUGGUUGAGAAAGGGUUUUGUCCAAAUGUUGCAACUUUCACCAUUUUUAUAAACUCAUUAUGCACAAGUGGCAGGUUGCAGAAAGCUUUUGAGGUUUUUGAAGUAAUGGGUAGAGUUGGGUGCAAACCUAGUAUUCAGACUUAUAAUUGUUUGAUAAAGGGUUUGUGUUAUGUGGGAAGGGUGGAGGAAGCAUAUGAAAUGUUGGUGAAUAUUAAGAAGGGUUUGAUAAAACCUGAUAUUUAUUCAUACACAAUUGUUAUGGAUGGUUUUUGUAAAGUGGGUAGGUCUAAUGAGGCAAUGGAGCUGCUUAAUGAAGCUGUGGAGAGGGGAUUGAAACCAAGUGUGGCCACUUUUAACACUCUUUUUAAUGGGUAUUGUAAGGAGGGCAGGCCAAUGGAGGGUAUUAGUGUGUUGAAGCUUAUGAAGGAGAGGAAUUGUGUUCCUGACUAUAUUAGUUAUAGCACCUUGUUACAUGGGCUAUUGAGAUGGGGAGAAACAAGGGCAGCACUGAUUACUUUUAAGCAAAUGGUUGAUUUUGGGAUUGAAGUUGAUGAGAGGAUGAUGAACACUUUGCUUAGAGGUUUAUGCAUGAAAUCAUGGGAAGAAAAAGACUUGUUGGAAGAUGCCUAUCAAGUGUUUGAGAAAAUGAAUUUCAUCAUGGACCCUGGUACCUAUGGCAUGGUAAUUAGAGCUCUUUGUGUGGGAAAGAAAACUGAUGAGGCUUUGAUCCAUCUGCAGCAUAUGGUUAGAAUGGGGUAUGUUCCCCGGACGAUUACCUUUAAUAAUGUGAUUCAAGCAUUUUGCCACGAGGGGAAGGUAGACGAUGCAUUACUGGUCGUGCUUCUCAUGAAUGAACAGGGCAAGAUCCCAAGUAGAACAUCCUAUGACAUUCUGAUUAAGAAGCUAAACCAACAGGAAAGAUCUUCGGGAGCGUGCAUUGUCUAUGGUGCUGCAUUGAAGCAAGGUGUAUUGCCUCAUCGGGUGCCCUAAGAAUUUGAAGAAAGCUGUUCAGUUCAAGAACUGUAUUUAUCUGAUCGAUCAAUCAAUAAAUUAGUUGUCUAAUUCUGGGAAUUCUUUUGCAGAAGCAUUGUGAUAUUGCUUGGAUUUAUGCAUAUACUUCACCAAAGAAACUUUGAAUAUAUGCAAUUAAUUAGUUAUUCCAGCCGAGCUGAGCUAACUUUAUC